GGAGGAAGAAGAAAACCCGGGUAGUAGCCGAUAACAACAUAACCUUGAUCCGAGAACUUAUUAUUAUUAUUAUUUUUACCGAUUCAAGUUUAAAACUGCAGUUCAACCUACAGUGAGUUUAUGUAUUGCUUGUGACGUUUUCGACAGCCCAUCAUCGCAUCUUACUCGCAGUACGCAGAACAGACACCUGUAAGAAAAAUGAAUUUGAAGUGUGAUAUUUGUCUCCUCAAUUUGGACCUGGACUCCCACCGCCCUAAAAGCUUACCCUGUGGACACACCGUUUGUAAGGAAUGUGUUGAAAAUCCUGCCUUAGGGAGGAAGUGCCCAACUUGCAGCAAGUCAUUUAGGCAACGCCGACCUGAGGACCUGCCCGACAACGUCCUAGCCGUCCAACUGUUGGAGAACGAGGACGCACCACCCUGCAAGAAGCCCAAGAUCGAGGACCCAGAGCUGGAGCAGCUACAGCGGGGCGCUGACGCAGGGAGACAUGUGGUGGAGAUGCUGCGGCAGAUGGUGCCUCUAGCGGUCGAGUCGCUGAACCGCCAGCUGGAGUCGUCGGUCGCCCAGCUUGGACACGUGGAGGAGGCCCUGCAGAGGCGGGUGCAGCGGGAAGCGGCCGGCGAUGUGGGCACCACGUCGGAGGCCGUGGAGGAGCCCGUGCAGCUGGCGGAGCAGUUCGAGGCCAGCCACCGCCUGCUCACCUCAACCAAGCAGUGCACCUUCGCUGCCGAAGAGGAGGGUGGCUCCGCCUGGACGGCCUCUGUGCAGCCCGGCGGAUGCGGCGACUCCUUAUUGCGCCUUCUCUUGUUGCAGCUGCGGGCCGAUGGGCUACUAGUGGGGAAGGUUCGCGACGACGUCGUCAUCACCGCUCCUCCUGUCACCCCUGCUGCGGCUUACGUUGGGCCACCUCUCAUCUCCGUUCUAACGAUAGAUAAUGAACACCUCGAGAAUGAUCGUCUAAAAGUGAAUGACAUUCUUCGUGACAUCCCGCAGAAAUGGUCCAUCCCUCGCAGCCUGAAGUCCUUAAGGGGCGACGGCUCUGAGGACCUGCUGCGGGUCAUGGGGCCGCACCUCGAAGAGCUGGAGUUCUCGGGAGAGGUUCAGCCCAGCGUCAUGGAGGAGGUGCAGAAACUGUCGGGACUCAGAAGAUUGAAAGUUAAAUGCGCUAAAGAGGUGGACUACCCGGACCUUCCGUUACAGCUGGAGGAGCUCUACAUUGAUCGAAUCACGGAGAAUCAGCUGCGUUGUUUGGAGCACAUGCCCAGGCUGCGUAGCUUGUUGGUGUUUAAUUACCAUGGUCCAAAUCUGACUUUCCCUCCCUCGCAGCACGGCAGGCUGCUGUGGCUCAGCGUGUGCUUCAACACUGAGCACAAGUCUACUAUGCUGUCUCUGAUUCGUGCCCAUGCCUCAUCAAUACGGGAGCUGCAAGUGUCCUGUUUCAGUACCUUCUCUACUGUAAACCAGAAGUUUUACUUCCCCGACCUGGGCCAGGAGCUGGCGGCGUGCGGCCUGCGGGCGCUGCGACGGCUCGUCCUCGUACGCGGCGGCUGCAGAGACAAGGGCGCUGGCUGCAGAGACCAGGUCGCUGGCUGCUUGCUGCAGCGGAGAUCCAUCAUAAGUGCAUUGCCCCCGUCUGUUGAAGUGGUUUGCAGGUAUUGUCACAGACCAGAUGAUGGAUGUACUGUACCCACGCACCAUUCCCAGUAGCCUGACGUAAUGAUUUGGCUGUAAAUUUUAAAAUGUUCUGAAAAGUCUGCAGUUUGUUUGUUUUCGUACUGCUUUGUGCACUUGGUUCAGUUCAUCUUGUAAAUAAUAAAUAAGAAAUUAUCUUGUAUUA